AUGGACGCCGGCGCAUUCGUGACAGACGCCUUCCUCCAGUCCGUCUUGCAGGCCGCGGCCGAGGCUCGCCAACAAUGCCUGCAGAUGCUCGACUUUAUCGAUCAGAACCGCGCCGCUCAGCCAUCGCCCGAAGCUGAGAUGCAGCUCAGUCGCCAGCAGAAGAUCCUCCACACCAAUCUGGCCAAGCUACGUGGACUCAACCGUCGCGCCGUUCUCGACACGCGAAACACCAAGCAGCAAACUCAGGAAGCAAAGUCCGAGAUUGACUCUCUGCAUCUCCACCUGCAAAACCUCUACUACGAACAGCGCCAUCUCAUCGGCGAUAUCGCUGCAUGCCAGGGCUACAACCACAAGUACCAGUCCCUACCUUUGAUCUCCGUAGACGAAAUCCUCGCUACCAACCCUGAACUCGCUGGCGCAGAUGAACACGACCUAAUGGUGGCCCGCAUCAAUCACGAACACGCCGAACGUCAAGCGCUAGAAGAGCAACGCCAGGGCCUACUUAAGAAGAAACAAAGCUUGAUCGCCGAAAACAACAAGAAGAAGGACCAUCUGGCCGCUCUUGACAAGGAGGUUGAGAAGUUCCUCGGCUCUGCCACUGCAGUCCAGCAAAAGUUCGAACAGCACGAUCAACAAAACAAGGCCGCCGCUGCAGCUUCCGCAUGA